AUGGAUCCGACCACUCAGAAAGAGGUGAAGGUGGAAAAGGUGCCCGCGACUAAAGCCAAGCCCGGGGCAGGAGCAGCAGGGGCAGGAGCAGCAGGAACAGGAACGGGAGCAGCAGGAGGAGCAGGAGGAGGGGCGAGGGGAGGGACGGGCGCAAGGGCAGGGGCAGCAGGAGGAGCAGGGGAGGGCGCAGGUGCGGGGGCAGGGGGAGCAGCAGGAGGGGCAGCAGGGGGAGCAACAGUGGGGGCAGCGGGGAGAGGUCCAUCAAGCGCCACUACCUCCCCUGCUCCUCACGGGCUUACCUCAACCCCUGCAGGCCUGACCUUCGAAAUUCCAGCCCAACCAUCCACUCCAGGUUCUGCCCCCACCACUCCUCACGGCGGACUAGUCUCCCCAGCCGGUGCUGGGGCGGCCGCAGCAGGGGUGGCCGGCCGGGGGAUGCCUAUUGGGGUGGCGGCGGCAGCUGCAGGCGCGCGCCCCCCCAUGGGGUUCGCGCAGCCCGGGCACAUGCUUCCAUCCAUGUACUAUCCGGGGAUGCCUGGUGUGGGGGGAGUGCCAGGGGUGCCGGGGGUGGCAGGUGUUCCCCCCGGUGCCUUCCCCCAGGCGCGAUUCUUUCCCCCACAGCAGCCUGGGCCUAUGCCAGCAGGCGGGGGGAUGGUCGGGGGGCCGGGAGGGGGGAUGGGCGGACCAGGGGCAGGCGGGCAGGGUAGGUUUACCCCCCCGUAUCCGCAGCAGGCGGGGCAUGGCGGGGGUGUGAGGCCGCAUAUGGGACACGUUUUGCCACACCAGCAGAUGCCAGGGGGCGGGCCGGCUGGUAUGGUGCACUAUGCCACUGGUGCCGUUCCUGGCGCCGUGCCCGGUGGUUCAGGUUCGGGAGCGGGUGGUCCGGGCGCUGGCGGGGCUGGUUCGGGGGCAGGAGAGGAAAUGCCCAUGCCUGGGAUGGAUGGUAUGGGGAACAUGCCUGUGUCGUCGCCGGUAGGUCCAGGGCCAGGUAUGGUGAUCCCAAACCUGCCGAUGAUGGCUCCUGUAGGUUCAGGAGGGCCGGGUGUGGGGGGGUAUAUGAUGGGCGCAGGGACAGGGUUUGUGAUUCCAGGGCAUGGGCGGGGAGUUGGGGGAGGAGGGGGAAUGGGGGGAGGGGGAAGGGCAGGGGGGAUGCACGGGAGGGGGGCAGGGGGACCAGGUGGGGCAGGGGGCACAGGUCCUGGGGCGGGUAGGGGAAGCGGGGUAAGUGCACAGGUCAUGUCUUCGAAUCGAAUCGUAGUGUCGACAACAGGAGGGGUUACCAAUUUGCCAUCGCCAGGUUCGGGAGCGCGAGACAGGCCUGGGGCAGGUCCGGAUGGGCUGAAGAGGUCCGGGAGCGGUAAGACAACUUGGCCAGUGGUUAGGAGCCCCUCUGGUGGUGCUUCGGGGCAGCAGGGGAAGGAGAAGGGAGAGAAGGAAGGGGAGGAGGGUGUGGGUGGGGCUGUGGUGGAAAAGAAAGAGGAGGGUGAGAAGGGCGAGGAGAAUCGAGCGAAGGGGAGUGAUGCGGCUGUGGCAAAUGGAGAACAGAAUGUAGCAGGGAAGAGUGAAGAGGUUCAGGCGAAGAGCAAAGAGGAGGUGGCAGCGAAGGUUACAGGCGAGCCAGUUGCAGCAGAGGGGGGUGUGGGGAAAGAGGCUGCAGGGAAGGAGGGUGAAGUGAAGGUGGUAGAAGGGAGGGAUGUGAAGGACGGUGGUGAUGCAAAGGCGAAGGUUUCAAGCGAGGAGGAAGAGAAAAAGGCAGGCGGGGAGGCGACUGGUGCUGAGGCACCUGCUGCUGCUCCUGCUGCUGCUUCAGCUGCAGCGGUUGCUCCUGUGGUGGCGAAACCAGUGGAGGAGAGUAAGGAAGGAGAGGGGUUAAGUGGGGAGGCGGGCGCCGCAAAGGAGAAAGGAGAGGAGAAGAAGGGUGGGAAGAAGAAAGACAAGAAGGAGAAGAAGAAGAAAGGAAUUGAGAAGGGAGAGGAGAAGGAUGCUGGCAAGAAAGAGGCGGGAGAAGCAGUGCCGGAGCCUGAGGGGGAGAAGGCUAAAGGAGAGGAGAAGGAGGAGGGGGAUAAGAAGGAGGGGGAAGCAGAAGUGGAUGAGAAGGGUAAGGAGGAGGAGGGGGAGAAAGUGGAGGGGAAGACGAAAGAGAAGAAGGUGGAGGAAAGUGCUGAGGUUGUUCUUGCUAAAGCAGAAGAGAGCAAGGAGGCGAAAGAGGAGAAGGAGAAGGAGGAGGAGAAGGAGGGCGACAUGGACUUCCGCUCCUUCCUACGCGAGUGUAACGCCGUGCUGAAACCGCCUGCUGCACAAAGAGUACAGCAGAUGGCGGCUCAGGGGUUCAAUCGCCCUAUGGACGCCCUUUCGGGUGCACCUGGGGGAGGUUUGAACCGGCCAGGUAUGGACGAGGACCGCUGGGCGAGAGGGCCAGGAAUGGGCCCGAGAGGUCCGGGCGGAGGUAUGGACGGAGGGGUGCUGGGCCCGCCUGGAGGUCCGGGGUUCAGAGGUCCGGGAGGCGGGCCGCCUAUGGGUAUGGGAGGCCCGGGGAUGCGGGGAGGAAUGGGGGGACCAGGGGGGCCGUUGCUGGGGAGGGGGGAUAGGGGGGUGUUGCCUCAUGGUGCGCCUGGGAUGGGGGGACCUGGGGGGAUGCCUAUGGGUGGUCCGAGGGGAGGCGUGGAUGCAGAUAGAUGGCAGAGAAACCCGAUGCAGAACCGACCUGCUGCACCUGCGGGACCCCCGCUGCCUGCGAUUCACAAGACGGAGAAUCGGUACAAGGCAGGGAUGGUGUCGGAUGAAGAGGAAAAGAAGCAGCGGCAGAUCAAGGGGAUUCUGAACAAGCUGACGCCUCAGAAUUUCGAUAAGUUGUUCAAUCAGGUGAAGGAAGUGCAGAUUGACUCUCCUGAGACGCUCACAGGGGUGAUUGGGCAGAUUUUCGACAAGGCGUUGUUAGAGCCCACGUUUUGUGAGCUGUAUGCGAAGUUCUGCCAGGCGUUGUCUGUCGAGUUGCCUCAGUUUGGGGAGGGGAAUGACCGGGUGACGUUUAAGCGCACGCUUUUAAAUAAGUGCCAGGAGGAGUUUGAGCGAGGGGAUCAGGAGCAGCUGGAUGCUGAGAAGGAGGAGGAGGAAGUGGAGGUGGAAGAGGAGGAGGAAGGGGAGGGGAAGAAAGGGGAAGGGGAGGGGAAAGAUGGGGCGGACGGGAAGGCGGAAGAGAAGAAGGAAGGGGGGGAGGAAGGGAAGAAGGAAGUGGAGGAGGGUGGGAAGGACGAGAAGAAGGAAGGGGCCAAGGGAGCGAAGGUUAUGGUAAAGAAGAUGGUGAAGUUGACGGAGGCGGAGAGGCAGAGCAGAAGGCAGAAGGCUCGGAGGCGCAUGCUGGGGAAUAUCCGCUUUAUAGGAGAGCUCUAUAAGAUGAGCAUGCUCACGGAGCGCAUCAUGCACGGAUGCAUCCAGAAGCUUCUAGGAAACACUGAGGACCCGGACGAGGAGGACAUGGAGGCCUUGUGCAAGCUGCUCGCGACCAUCGGGCAAAUCAUCGACCACGAGAAGGCACAGAGCCACAUGGAAGCAUACAUGGCGCGCAUAGCCCACUUCUCCACCUACCAGAAACUCUCCUCCCGCAUCCGCUUCGGCCUGCAAGACAUUCUCGAGCUCCGGGAGAACAAGUGGCAGGCCAGGCGGAAGGUCGAGGGGCCCAAGAAGAUCGACCAGGUGCAUAGGGACGCGCGGGACGAGCGGUCCAAUGCUGUCGCGACAGCUGGCAGGCAGAUAUUGGAGCGCGGGGGCGGCGGGAGCAGGGGCCCGGGUGGUGGUAUGGGGAGCGGGCGGCGGCCGGAGUAUGGCAUGGAGCCGCCCGGGCGGCCGGGUUUGGCUGGGUCUGGGCCGAUGAGGGGCGGCCCGGGGCUGAUUGGGGGGCAAGGGGGGCCGGGGGGAGGGAUGUAUGGGCGGGGGCCGGGGUAUGGGCACCCUGGGGGGAUGGGGGGAAGAGGGGGAGGCCCUGGCGGGUAUGAGGGGAGAGGGGGAAUGGAGGAUAUGGGUCGCCCCAUGCCCCUCCCCCAGAGGAACAUGGAGGAGGGGGAAUUGAAGCUGGGGCCGCAUGGGGGGCUGGGGAGACCUGGGGGAGGGGGCCCAGGGGGAGGCAUGGGCGGGGGGAUGAGGGGGGGACCUGGGGGACCUAUGGGGGGACCCAUGGGGGGGCUUAUGGGGGGCCCAGGGCGGGGGGGACCUGAAGGUCCCCCUGGCGCCAUGCCUCCGGAGAUGCGCAGGUUCGGGCCGAGCCAGAGCGAGAGGUUCGGGCCGAGGGUGGGGGAGAUGGGGGGCCCGAGGGGCGGGGGGGAUAGAGACGCGCCGAUGAGGGCUGGCCCUGGCGGGUAUGGGGAGAGAGGGGGGGAGAGAGAAGGGGGGCGGGGGCUAGUAGGCCCUGGGUCUAGGAGUAUGAUGAUGGGGAGGGGACCUGGGCCUGAGGCGAGGGGGUAUGGUGGGCGGGGGAUGGGGAUGGAGCGGGAGAGGGAGAGGGAGGUGGAUGCAUGGAGAAGAGGCACGAGAAUUGAUGAGGAGCCGCAAGCAGGUGGAGGCAGGGAGGCAGGGAGGGAUGGGUGGAGGGAAGCGGGGAGAGGAGAUGGAGGGAGAGGGGACGUGGGGAGAGGGGGAGGGCCGGGAGUGGGGCCAGGGACAAGAGAGGGAGCAGGAGGAGCAGGAGGGGCAGCAGGAGCAAGAGGAGCAGGGGCAGCAGCAGAGACGGGAGGAGGAGCGGGAGCAGCAGGGGGGGCGGGAGGGGGAGCAGUAGGGGCGAAGGCGGGGGCAGGGAUGGAUGAGGAGGGUGCUGUGGCGAAGGCGAACAGUGCUGUGGAAGAAUUCCUCAGUGCCCGUGACUUCAAGGAAGUCUGCCUGUGCAUUGAGGAACUACAGUCGCCGCAGCAUCACGGGGCGAUAGUGGCGGGGUGGGUGGCGGCAGGGCUAGACAAGAAGGAGGCGCAAAGGCAGCAGGUGGAGGAUCUGGUGGUGCGGCUGUGCUGCGAGCCCAAACCCUCGCUCUUCACGAGCGACCAGAUUCAGCAAGGUCUGGUGAGAGUCUUCCAGGAGCUCGAGGAUUGGUCAGUUGAUGCCCCCAAGGCCCCGCAACACGUGGGCCGUCUGAUUGGCCGGCUCGUGGCAGCUGGCGCCGUCCCAUUGGCUGACGUGGCCCGGCUGGUGAAAUCAGGCGGUGCAGAGGAAGGGAGUCUGGUGGAGAUGGGUGAGGGGAUGAAGGUGAUGGCAGCAGUGGUGGGCGCGGUGAGGGGGGAGAAGGGGGAGAAGGAGGCGGGGGAGAUGGUGCGGGCGGCGGGGAUAGAUGGACCCGAGGAAUUCAUGGAGGAGAGAGCGAGAGGGAGGAAGGAGAAGGUGGAAGAGGCGAGGAAGGCUCUAGGGCUGGCAGGUGCUGCAGACCCGCUGGAAGCAGUGGCAGAGCACCUGAAAGACGCUUUUGCCAAGGGGGAAUCAGCAGAGGCUGUGCUUAAAUGGCUGCAGACCAACACUCCACCUGACACCCCAACGCAGCCGGCUUUCCUGCGCCUGCUCAUGCGCUCGCUGCUGCAGCAGUGCAUCGGUGAUAGCAGACAAGACUUCAAGAAGCUACUGGCAGGGCCAGUGAAGAAGUAUGCCAAGGUCUUCCAGGAGUAUGCAGCAAAGAAGCAAAAACCCAACCAGGUUCAAUAUCUUUUCGGAGCUCAAGAAUUCGCAGAGUCGUGUGGGCACCCAGCGGGCCUGCUAGACGCGGUCUUCAAAACACUCUACGACCUCGAUGUGGUGGAGGAGUUGAUGCUGUUUAGGUGGCAAGACGACAACAAGGACCCAACGCCUGGCAAGCAAAAGGUGAGUCGGUUUCGUUCUGAAGCUUUCCACGUGGCUUUGGUUUUCCCUGUUUCUGCCGCGGGGCCCUUGAAACUGCCGAUUUGCGGAGAGAUGGGCGGAAAGGCAGGCGCGACAUUAUCCAGGUACAAGGUGAUCAAGCAGAUGGGCGAUGGCACAUACGGCACCGUUUGGAAGGCCAUGAACCUCCACACCAAUGAAAUUGUGGCGGUGAAAAAGAUGAAGCGGAAAUUUUACUCGUGGGAGGAGUGUAUGAGUUUGAGAGAAGUCAAGUCACUGCGCAAGCUGAACACACAUUCACCCUCAUCUCCUCCCGUUCCCCUCCCGUUCCCCCCCUCCCAUCCCAUCGCCCCCCCUCCUCACCGUGCGCCAGUCGCUGCGCAAGCUGAACCACAGCAACAUCGUGCGGCUGAAGAAGGUUCGCUGCGCAAGCUGAACCACAGCAACAUCGUGCGGCUGAAGGAGGUGAUCCGCGAGAACAACGAGCUCUUUUUCAUCUUUGAAUACAUGGACUGCAAUCUUUACCAAGUCAUGAAGGACAGAGAGACGCUUUUUCCCGAGUCGAAAAUACGCAGCUGGAUGUACCAGGUGCUGCAAGGGCUAGCCUACAUGCACAAGCACGGGUACUUCCACCGGGACUUAAAGCCCGAGAACCUGCUGGUGACUAAGGACGUGAUCAAGGUGGCCGACUUUGGGCUCGCCCGAGAGGUGCGGUCGCGGCCGCCCUUCACAGACUAUGUCUCCACUCGAUGGUACCGUGCUCCAGAGGUGCUGCUGCAGUCCACCGUGUACAACGCCCCCAUUGGUACGUGCCGUGCUCCCUGCUGUAUUAAAAGUCUGUCGUCCCAAACCCCCAAGGUGCUGCCUGCUCCAUCGUCGAACGUGCCGUGCUCCUUGCUGUAUUUCAAAGCUCCCCUGUUAUCCGUGUUUCCCCCGCGCCGGCUCCCUUCUUUUUGUCCCCCUUCCCCUCUUCCCGACCUCCCCGAACGCAACCCCCCAACUAAUGCAGAUAUGUGGGCGAUUGGGGGCAUAAUGGCGGAGCUAUUUUCGCUCCGCCCGCUCUUCCCUGGCGCCAGCGAGAUCGACGAGAUAGUGAAGAUCUGCUCUGUCAUCGGUACGCCCACAGUGCACACGUGGCCGCAGGGCCUCAAGCUCGCCGCUGCCAUGAACUUCCGCUUCCCUGAGUACUCGCCCAUCCCGCUGUCGAAGCUCAUCCCAUCUGCCUCCCCAGAAGCCAUUGAUCUCAUGACGCUGCUCUGCUCAUGGGACCCCGCCAGGCGACCCACAGCCGCACAGUCGCUGCAACACCCGUUUUUCCUGGUGGGUUGGGGAGGGGAGUGGGUAACAGGAGGGAAUUGGGUAGCAAGUGGGGAGAGCGGAAUCCAGGUCCCCCCAGUCAUGCCGUCACCCAAGCCAAACCCCACCAACUCCAGCCGCACCCACCCCGUCACAUCGCCGCACCUCCCCUCCCUUCCACAAGCCGCCAGCAAGCCAUACAGCCACCUAGACGAGCACUUGGACGAGUGGGAAGGGGCGCCGGGGCAACCGGAUCCGAUGCAUAUGGACGGAGGGGGAGGGGGGUUGGGUGGAGGCGGAGGGGGAGGGGGAGGGGGAGGGGGAGGGAAGUCGUCGCAGGGUAUGGGGUUCCUGGGGAGGAAGAUUGCUUCCAAGAGCGUGAGUGGGAGGAAUCAACAGCCUGCUGGGGACGGUGGGGGAGGGGGAGGAGGGGGAGGAGGGCGGUUGGCGUCAUUGCAAAGAUAUGGCAGCCAAUUACUAGGCCUCAUCACAGCAAUCACCACCACCAUGCACCACGUAUCAUCACGGCACAUCACAGCAAUCACCACCACCAUGCACCACGUAUCAUCAUGGCACAUCACAGCAAUCACCACCACCAUGCACCACGUAUCAUCACGGCACAUCACAGCAAUCACCACCACCAUGCACCACGUAUCAUCACGGCACAUCACAGCAAUCACCACCACCAUGCACCACGUAUCAUCACGGCACAUCACAGCAAUCACCACCACCAUGCACCACGUAUCAUCACGGCACAUCACAGCAAUCACCACCACCAUGCACCACGUAUCAUCACGGCACAUCACAGCAAUCACCACCACCAUGCACCACGUAUCAUCACGGCACAUCACAGCAAUCACCACCACCAUGCACCACGUAUCAUCAUGGCACAUCACAGCAAUCACCACCACCAUGCACCACGUAUCAUCAUGGCACAUCACAGCAAUCACCACCACCAUGCACCACGUAUCAUCACGGCACAUCACAGCAAUCACCACCACCAUGCACCACGUAUCAUCACGGCACAUCACAGCAAUCACCACCACCAUGCACCACGUAUCAUCACGGCACAUCACAGCAAUCACCACCACCAUGCACCACGUAUCAUCACGGCACAUCACAGCAAUCACCACCACCAUGCACCACGUAUCAUCACGGCACAUCACAGCAAUCACCACCACCAUGCACCACGUAUCAUCAUGGCACAUCACAGCAAUCACCACCACCAUGCACCACGUAUCAUCACGGCACAUCACAGCAAUCACCACCACCAUGCACCACGGUCAGCAGCAGCAAGCAUGGCAGCAGCAGGGCCCCCCUCGCCUCACGACCCCAGUGCGGGCUAUUCCAGAUGUGACUUUUGAGGCGCCUCAAAAGCAGCAACUAUGGCAGCAGCAGGGCCCCCAUCGCCUUACGACCCCAGUGCGGGCUAUUCCAGAUAUGGGUCCCCCUGGGGAUUACUAUGGGGGGGGAGGCGGGCAGAUGGAUAUGAUGGGGGGAGGUGGGAUGGACAUGAUGGGAGGAGGCAUGGGGGGAGGGGCUGGAGGAGGUGGCAUGGGGGGCCCAGGAGGGGGUAUGGCACGAAACGGGAGAUACUCGAUGGAUAUGGGGGGUUAUUCAGUUCACUGA